GUCCCUGCUCAUAAAGACUGCAUAUCCGUACGUUAAUCCAACCACAAAACAGGUCGAGUCACUAUUGAAGGAAGCCGACAAGGUCGUCCGGCAACACAUGUCAUUUCCCGCCAAGAUGAUGCGCCGUAAGAAGAACGUGAAGAAGGGGAUUCAGUUCUGCCUGAUGGUCUGUGGAGCCUCAGGAACUGGCAGGACUACCUUCGUCAACACCCUCUGCGGCAAGACUGUUCUCGAUCACAAGGACUCGGAUGAUCCUUCGUCGGCCCACAUCGAGGAGGGAGUCAAGAUCAAGGAUAUCACCGUCGAGCUUGAACUUGAUGAGGAUGGAACACGAAUUUCUCUCACAGUUGUCGACACACCGGGUUUUGGCGACCAGAUAGACAACGAGGCCAGCUUUUCGGAAAUUGUUGGAUACCUCGAGAGGGAGUACGACAACAUUUUGGCAGAGGAGUCACGAAUCAAGCGUAACCCUAGGUUCAGAGACAACCGAGUCCACGCUAUGCUCUACUUUAUUACGCCGACUGGUCAUGGUCUCCGCGAGCUUGACAUCGAGUUGAUGAAGCGCUUAGCACCGCGCGUUAACGUUAUCCCUGUCAUUGGCCGCGCCGAUUCUUUGACCCCCGCAGAGCUUGCCGAGUCCAAGAAGCUGGUCAUGGAGGACAUUGAGCACUACCGCAUUCCGGUGUACAACUUCCCUUAUGAUAUCGAGGAGGAUGACGAGGACACAGUUGAGGAGAACGCCGAGCUUCGUGGUCUGAUGCCGUUCGCUAUUGUCGGAUCGGAGGACAUUAUUGAGAUUGGCGGCCGCAAAGUCCGCGCACGCCAAUACCCGUGGGGUGUGGUUGAGGUUGACAACCCUCGUCACUCUGACUUCCUUGCCAUCCGCUCUGCACUGCUCCACAGCCAUUUGGCUGAUCUGAAGGAGAUCACCCACGACUUCCUCUACGAGAACUACCGUACCGAGGCGCUCAGCAGGAGUGUUGAUGGUGGUGCUGGAGUCGACUCAUCGAUGAAGCCGGAGGACUUGGCAUCCCAGUCGGUCCGCCUCAAGGAGGAGCAGCUCCGCCGCGAGGAGGAGAAGCUCCGCGAGAUCGAGAUCAAGGUGCAGCGCGAGAUCAACGAGAAGCGCCAAGAGCUGUUGGCGCGCGAGUCUCAGCUGCGCGAGAUAGAAGCUCGCAUGCAACGCGAGGCCGCUUCUUCUGCGGGCCCCCGCGACGGCUCGGAGGCAAACGGGGAAGACGGCAACUAG